GGAAAGAAAAUGGAAAAUGAAGAUUCAAGUAACGUGACGGAGAGUUCUAGCGUCAGUGCUGACGAGACGGAUACAGUCAAAACAGGGAAGAAGACGAGCCACCCGUCUCAAAUCGAGGUGAUCCCCUGCAAAAUCUGCGGGGACAAGUCUUCGGGGGUGCACUAUGGUGUGAUCACGUGUGAGGGGUGCAAGGGUUUUUUCCGGCGCAGUCAGCAGGCCAGCGUGUCGUACUCCUGCUCCCGGCAGAAGAGCUGUGUGAUCGACCGGACGAGCCGAAACCGCUGCCAGCACUGCCGACUGCAGAAGUGUGUGGCAACCGGGAUGUCCCGGGACGCGGUGAAGUUCGGACGCAUGUCUAAGCGUCAGCGAGAGAGCCUGUUCGCGGAGGUGGAGCGAGUCAAACAGCAGCAGCAGAACCUGCAGCAGGAGCACCACAGCCCAGGGGAGGCAGACGCCCUCGUCACCUUCCCCAGCAAAGACCUCCUCAACGGGCAGGGCCGGCUGGGCGAGCCCCAGGAUCCGGCCUACCCCUUCGGCAAAUCCUCCCAGGCGGAACCCAAGCCGUACCCCAGCGAGGAGGAAGAGGAGGGGAAGGGGAAGGGGAGGGGAAAGGGGAGGGGGGCGGAUUCACUGACUGCACAGAGAUGA